AUGGACAAUGAUAACAACACAGCAACUUCUUCAUUGCACAUACUAACGCUAAAUGUCCACUUGAUGGAUACGAUUGUUAUUCAUUGCCCAGUAUACGAACUGAAUCCUAAAUUAAAAGAUUUGAUACAGAAUUCCAUUCUUUAUUUGAUAGAUGUUAUAAUUUUAAUCCAUGAAACUGCUACGAUAGCAGAUUCUGAUGUCUUUCAGGUAUCUGAAACAAGUUUUGAUAAAUGUCAACUUGACACUUCUUCUAAGAUGCUAGGAUAUUGUAAACCAUCAAGGCAGAAUAAAACGAUUCGUUUUACGCUAAAACGACAUGAAUCUAAAUUGGGCAGAUUUUCGCCAGGAAGAAAUUACUUUAUUAUAACAGCAUCAAAAAAUGAUUUAGACGGGAUGCAUCAAAGAAAGUUUGGUUUCUGUACUAACAACAACAUGAAAGUUAUAAUUCACGUUUUAAAGGAACCAUACAGGAUGAUGGAGCCAAUUGAAAUUUCAGCAGAUAAUUCUGAUGAAGCAAACAAAUUCAUUGCAUCGAAACAAAAGCAUGAUGAGGUACUAUUUAUGACUGAAGAAUUUAAUGAAUUAACUUGGAAAAAAAAGCUCUAUGAUCCGAGAAUACCACAUUUCGAACAACAAAAUUUCAGCUAUUCAUAUCCAACUAUUGCACCAUUUGGAAAUCGAGUUUUUCAAAAGUUUCCAAAAACUCAUCGAAUAAUAACCAAUGACCAGGUCAUCCCAUUUUUGAGAAAUCAUCAUGAAAUGCGACGUCAAAGAAAAAGCCUUGCGAAGCACACUUCUCUUAAUGGUGAUAAAAAUAGCCGAAAUGAAAAAACGAGAGUUCGAAUGAUUGUACCUAAAUUUAGGAAUGAAUAUCUGUCUAGUACUAAAAAAUUUUUCUGGCCUUCUGAAAUGUCAGAAAUUAAUAGUGCAGAAUUGGAGAGAAUUAAUGAAACCCUUGAUACUGUAAUAAAAAAUGAUAUUACAAAUAAGGUGAAGUAG